AUGACACAAGCUGAAGAAGUUUCUGUUCGUACUCUUGUUCACGAGACUCGUGAAACACCAGCAAACUACGAAAUCGCCUUUUCUGAGAAUAAUCCAUCUGUCUCUUUCAAAGAGACAAAUAUGACCAGUGGUGAUCUCAAAUCUAUUUUUGGGCAAAUCGACCCAAGUUCUCCAAUUGCUCACGAAAUUCUCAAUAGAGCUCGCACCCUUUGUGUCAAACAUCUUGGUGGUGCUUGGGCUGAUGUGACUUUGGACAAAUUCAUUUUAAAACCUGUGACGGGUGGCAUAUCUAACUUGCUUUUCCUCGUGGAAUUACCAAAGGAUGUGGCUGUGUUGAAAUCUGAGCCCUCUCAAGUCGUUCUUCGUGUCUUCUGUCAAGAAAACUACGAUCAACUGAUUAUUGAAUCUGUUGUUUUUACCCUUCUUUCUGAACGAGGUCUAGGUCCGAAGCUCUUGGGGGUCUUCCCCGGUGGAAGAUUUGAAGAAUAUAUUCCUAGCCGUCCUUUACAUUGCGAUGAGCUUAGCGAUCCAAAAUUUGCUAAGAUCAUUGCUCCAAUGGUUGCUCGGGUACACGCACUUGAUGUGCCAAUAACUAAACAACCGGAGGUUAUAUCUACAGGACGUGAUUGGUUGAGAAAAUUCCGACAAACACCUGGCGGGCAACAACCAAUUAUUAUGAGGACGACAGAGACAACUGUAGACAAAAGCCGGUUUCCUGAAGCUCUCACAAUUGACGAUCUUGAAAGGGAAUGGGAUUUUGUCGAGAAGUUUGUCAAAAGCUACGGAAGUCCAUUAGUAUUUUCACACAACGAUUUACAGAAGGGAAAUAUCCUUUUGAAAACGGGUUAUGAGCUUUGUGACGAUGGAAGAGUUCUGCUCGAUGGAACAGAAACGUCAUCUGAUCCUCUAGUUCUAAUUGAUUUUGAAUACAGCACCUAUAAUUAUAGGGGUUUCGAUUUUGGAAAUCAUUUUUGCGAAUAUGGCUUUGACUAUGAUUGUGAUUCAUCUCCCUACUAUAAAGUACUUGAAGAUAGAUUUAAACUACCUGAUCAUUGGAGAACGUAUUGCAAGAAAUAUUUAGAAGAAACUUACAAAACAUUGAAUACGGAACACUCAGACAUGUCACCUCACUCAAUCACCGGCAAUCUUGAGGAAGAUUUGGAGAAGCUAGUUGAAGAGGCUUCUAUUUUUAUGCCUAUUUCCCAUCUAUUCUGGUCUUUAUGGUCUUUAGUGAAUGCCGAGAGUUCUGUAAUCGUCUUUGACUAUGCUGCCUAUGGUCGAGAUCGUUUGGCUUUAUACUUUGAUCGAAAACCGGAACUGGAAAAAUUGUUGAAUCGUCAAUAG